GUUUAAGCCUGUGAAGAUGUAAUUCUCUCACAGAGAGGGUUAAUAGAGUCUGUUCUGCCUGUGCUGAUGCUACGUGUCCUUCUUCUUGGCCUCUUUCAUUAAGGUCUAGUCUGAGGAGCAGCAGAGGAUGAAGAUAAUCUUCUCUCACAGAGGCUCUCAGUGGUUCCCUCUGCUGUCUGAGGGGCUCCUUCAUCUCCUUCUUGGCCUCUGCCUUUAUGAUGUAGAGGCUUCAGGAGGAAAACAAGUCAUUGAUAGAAAAGUUGGAGACUCAGUGGAGCUUUCAUCCAAUUUACCAACUGAAGGAGUCAGCAGUGCAAGAUGGAGAUAUGGAGACUCAGUAGUUGCAGUUCAAGGUUCAGGUGUUGCUGCAAACAAUCCAUUUCAGGGCAGAGUGGAGUUCAAUGAUGUGAGCUUUAGUUUAACAGUGAGAGAACUGACCCUUCAAGAUUCUGGAGAUUUCAGUUUCCUCUCAGAGGCCAAUGGCCAACAAAGACCUACAGUCAUCAUCACUCUGCAGGUUCAUGAGCCAAUAUCUACGAAGCCCAAACUGCUUUAUAACAUCAGUGAGCCUGACUUAAAUGGAUCCUGCACAGUUUAUCUGGAAUGCAGAGCAGCUCCUCACAGAAACACCAACUACAUCCUGACUGUAGGAAACCAAACACGUGAAGGCCCCAAGCUGCAUUACCACAUCACACCACAAGAUGGAGACACAACAGUCACCUGCAAUGCCUCUAAUGCUGUCAGUGAGAUGUCAGCAUCAGAAACAUUGAGGUGUAGAAACACUGACAGCCUCUCUAACAAAGAUCCUGGCUCUUCUACCAUCAUCAUGUGGUUUAGACUAUUUUUUGGAGUUCUUGUUAUUCUAUUCUUGGUCUGGCUGCUUCACUUCACAAAUUCAAAGGAAGUAUGUUUUAAGCUCAAACAUCCUGCAGCAGUCGACCAGGAUGAGAGUCAGCAGCAUCCCCACUCCUCACCUGCUGCUGGUGAUGCUUCAGAGUAUGAACCCAUGAGAGGCUCUACAGAUGCUGAACAAGGGGAACCUUCAGCAGAAUACGUCCUUCCUCAACAAGCUUCUAUGAAGGAUCAGGACAACGUCUAUGAGAACUAAUAGACAAGAAGGUCAUCUUCGUGCAACUGAUUCUGAGAAGUGAUUAAAGGAAAAUAUAUUGUGAGCUUCUCCUGCAUUUAGCUUUUAGCUUCAUGACGAUUUUUUUCUAUUCUAUUUACUGUUUAAUCAAAUCAGGAGCAAAUUCAGGAGUUUAUACCUACUGGCAUAUUUAAUCUCUUUAUUAGGAAAACUUUUAUGUUAUAUUACAGUAUUUUUUACAUAUUACUGUAAGCAAUGCAUGUUGGCAGAUUAUAUUUUGUGAGAGAAGGGAGAUUAACUGUGGAAAAAUCUGAGGGGAAGAGUAAUUCAUCAAAUUAAGAAAAGGUAAUGAUUCCUAGCUUUAUUAAAAACUUUACAAUUAACAGCCGUUAUGCUAACAAAUGCAAUAAGCUAAGGUUACUUUUGCAGAUUAAUAUUUUGUUGUUUUACAAACCUGAAAAUCUUGCAAUUUUUUAAAGUUACAU